AGUGUUGUGGUUUCAAAUUGUUCCAAGUUUUAAAUUAAAUUUCUUUAAAUUUUUAUAUGCUAAUCCCCUUGAAAAAGAGAUAAAAUCAUGCCAAAAGAACAGUUUCGUGAGGCGGAUGUUAUUAAAAAAAUCUCCCACGUUUCUUUCGGCAUCGAUAGUGCCGAAUUGAUACAGCAAGAAGCUCAUCUGCAUGUUGUCGCCAAGAACCUGUACAAUCAGGAUGCCAACAGGACACCCGUUUCGUACGGUGUCCUGGAUCGCCGCAUGGGUGUCAGUCAGAAGGAUGCAACCUGUGACACCUGUAAGAAAGGGUUGAACGAUUGCGUAGGACAUUUUGGUUACAUCGAUCUGGCACUGCCGGUAUUUCAUGUGGGUCAUUUUCGGGCAACGAUUACGAUCUUACAAUCGAUUUGUAAGGUUUGUUCCCGAGUUAUGCUGAAGGAAGAAGAGAAGAAGCAAUUCAGCGCCCGAUUGAUGAAUCCAAAUCUUUCCUACUUGGCGAAGAAGUCCAUCCAUAGCCAGGUGCUGAAAAAGGCAAAGAAAAAUACGAAAUGUCCGUACUGCGGUAAUUUGAACGGGCCGGUCAAGAAGGGGGCUGGUCUGAUGAAGAUUGUUCACGAGCCGUUCCGUGGCAAGAAGGCGACCGAUCCGUUGGUGACCAAUGCACUGGAUGAAAUGAUGACGGCAAUUGAAGGGAACCGGGAGUUGUCGCAGACGAUUGGUCCAUCUUCGUUGAUGAAGGAAUUGAAUCCGGUCGAGGUGCUGGAUUUGUUUCAGAAUAUCCCAAAGAGUGACAUUCCGCUGUUGGGGAUGACUUCAAAGGAAUCGAAUCCGGCAGAUCUGAUCGUUACCCGGUUGUUUGUUCCGCCGGUUUGCAUCCGUCCAUCGGUGGUUUCCGAGGUGAAGGCAGGUACCACCGAGGACGAUCUGACGAUGAAGCAGAGUGAGAUUUUGUUGAUUAGCGAUGUCAUUACAAAGCAUAUGAUGUCGGGCGGGAAAAUUGAGCUCAUCCAGGAGGAUUGGGACUACUUGCAGCUUCACUGUGCUUUGUACUUUAAUAGUGAACUGUCCGGCAUCCCGUUGUCGUUGAUGCCUAAAAAACCGACUCGCGGCAUUGUACAGCGUUUGAAGGGUAAGCAAGGUCGGUUCCGCGGCAACCUGUCCGGUAAGCGAGUGGAUUUCUCUGCUCGUACUGUUAUUUCUCCAGAUCCUAAUUUGAUGAUUCAUCAGGUGGGAGUGCCCGAUCGGGUGGCCAAAAUUCUUACUUUCCCAGAGCGAGUUAAUACGGCCAAUAUCAAUAAAAUGCGUCAACUGAUCAAAAACGGCACGGAAAAGCACCCAGGUGCCAAUUAUGUUCAACAGAAGGGUAGCGCUUUCAAGAAGUAUCUAGCUUAUGGAAACCGCGACAAAGUGGCUCAGGAUCUCAAGUGCGGCGACAUCGUGGAGCGCCAUCUGAUGGAUGGCGACGUGGUGCUGUUCAAUCGUCAGCCCAGUUUGCACAAACUCAGUAUCAUGUGUCACGUGGCGAAGGUUCAACCGCAGCGGACGUUCCGCUUCAACGAGUGUGCCUGCACGCCCUAUAAUGCCGAUUUCGAUGGAGAUGAAAUGAAUCUGCAUCUCCCGCAGACGGAGGAAGCUCGUGCCGAAGCUUUAGUGCUGAUGGGGAACAAAUCCAACCUGGUAACUCCUCGCAACGGUGAGCUGUUGAUUGCUGCCACUCAGGAUUUCAUCACCGGUGGCUACCUUCUCACGCAGAAAGAUCAGUUUCUAACUCGUGAACAGGUCAUGCAGUUGGCAGCGUGUAUGCUUUCCGGCCCCGAUGCCAAUUUGGAAAUUGAUCUUCCCAAACCAGCGAUCAUCAAACCGCGCAAAAUGUGGACUGGCAAGCAGAUUUUCAGCUUGAUCUUGAAACCCAAUAAAGACUGCAAUGUGAAUGCAAAUCUUUCCACGAAAGGUCGCAUCUACACGUCUGGAAAGGACCUGUGUGUGAAGGAUUCCUGGGUCGUGAUUCGCAAUUCACAGCUGAUGUGCGGUUCGAUGGACAAGGGAACGUUGGGUUCGGGUACGAAGAAUUGUAUUUUCUAUGUCAUUUUGAGAGAUUUUGGCGAAGAGUGCGCGAUCCGAACUAUGUGGCGUCUGGCUCGAAUGGCAUCGUAUUUCAUGAUGAACUAUGGAUUCUCGUUCGGCAUUGGUGAUGUAACGCCCAGUCGGAGGCUGCUGGAAGAAAAGCAAAAACUAUUGGUGAACGGUUACAGCCGAUGCGAUGAAUAUAUUGCUGAGAUGAAGAAAGGUACCUUGCAGUGUCAACCGGGUUGUACUGCGGAGCAAACCCUGGAAGCGGUGAUGUUGAAGGAGCUUUCCAGCAUUCGAGAACUGGCUGCCAAAGCGUGCUUCCGUGAGUUGCAUCCGACCAACAGCGCACUGAUCAUGGCACAGUCCGGUUCAAAGGGCUCCAACAUCAAUAUUUCACAGAUGAUUGCUUGCGUCGGUCAGCAGGCUAUCAAUGGCAAACGGGUGCCCAACGGGUUCGAGGAUCGUGCCUUGCCACAUUUCGAGAAAUUCUCAAAAAUCCCAGCGGCUCGCGGAUUCGUCCAAAACAGCUUCUACUCGGGCCUAACGCCGACCGAGUUCUUCUUCCACACCAUGGCCGGUCGAGAAGGUUUAGUCGACACGGCAGUCAAGACAGCCGAAACGGGCUACCUCCAGCGACGGUUGGUCAAAUGUUUGGAAGAUCUGGUCGUUCAAUACGACGGUACGGUUCGGAAUGCGAUCGGGGAGGUCGUUGAGUUUACCUACGGUGCAGACGGGUUGGAUCCCGUAUUCAUGGAAAUUAAAAACAAACCGGUGGACAUUGAACGACAAUUUAUGCACGUUCGCAGUACGUACCCCUGCCGGGACGAAGUUCCGCUGUUUGGCGACGAGAUUGUUCCGGUUGCGGAGGAAAUUUUAAAGAAGUCUCAUUUCGACGGUUGUCGAGCGGAUUUCCGAAAGGAGUGUCUGGCAUUUCUGUCGAAAUUCGGUAAAACGUUGCAACAAAUCCAAACGCGAUACAGCCACUGCUCGAAGGUGGCCCUCGAAGUCGAGCGAACCACCCACGGGCAGGUGGAGAUAUUCCUGACGCAGGUGCGUAACAAGUACAACAAAGCCAUCACCGAACCGGGAACGGCCGUCGGUGCACUGGCCGCUCAGAGUAUCGGUGAACCGGGCACGCAAAUGACGCUAAAGACCUUCCACUUUGCCGGUGUCGCUUCCAUGAACAUCACCCAAGGCGUCCCGCGUAUUGUGGAAAUUAUCAAUGCAACCAAAGCGAUUUCCACGCCGAUUAUUACGGCGGAAAUCGAGGACAACAGCAGCAUGGAGUUUGCACGGAAGGUGAAGGCAAGGAUAGAGAAGACCACGCUUGGGGAGAUUUCCUCCUACAUCGAGGAGGCGUACAAAUCGGACGACUGUUUCCUGUUGAUCAAGCUGGAUCUGGACAGAAUCAGGGUGCUCGGACUGGAGGUCAAUGCGGAGACGAUUCGCUAUUCGAUCUGCACCUCCAAGCUGAAACUCAAGCAGGAGAAUGUCGAAGUUUACGGUCCGUCACUGAUCAUCAUCCGGCCGGACCCAUCGAAGCACAGUCACGCGCUGAAUGCCGAACUGCAACGAUUGCUGACUGCCAUUCCGAACGUGGUAGUCGCUGGCCUUGCCCAGGUCUCGCGUGCCGUUAUAGCCGUGGACGAUUCCCGGGGUCCACCAACGUUCAAACUGUGCGUUGAAGGUUACGGCUUGAGGGACGUCAUGGCUACCUAUGGGGUUGUGGGAGCCAAGACUAAGAGCAACAACAUCCUGGAGGUGUAUACCACGCUUGGAAUCGAAGCUGCCCGGACAACGAUCAUGAACGAGAUUACGGACGUGAUGGAGGGGCACGGCAUGAGCGUCGAUCAUCGACACAUUAUGCUGCUGGCCAGUCAGAUGACUUCGAGGGGCGAAGUGCUUGGUAUUACGCGGCAUGGAUUGGCCAAGAUGCGAGAGUCGGUGUUCAAUUUGGCUUCGUUUGAGAAAACGGCUGACCAUUUGUUCGAUGCGGCGUACUACGGUCAAACGGACUCGAUUGAUGGGGUUUCGGAACGAAUCAUUCUUGGAAUGCCGGCCGCCAUCGGAACGGGACUGUUCAAACUGAUCCAUAACCACACGGACACGAAGUUGGAGGAGGUAGUGGAACCUAUUUUCAAUGCGACGUGACAUCAAACCUCGUUUCUCAGUGUAGAAUAAGAAUAUAUUUAUUGUAAUAAUGAUACAAUGUAUAGAUUGAACGAGUUCGGAAGAAACAGUAAAUCGAAAAUGUUCUUCCACGCGGAAAAAAUGUGAAAUACCUAGUAUAACCUA